AUGUCGCCUGCGUCUCGCUGCCGCCACCCGCCCCAGGAAGCGGAAACAGAGAGCGCGGGAGGCACUCUGCGUCCCCGGGCCUCAGUGACCGAGCCACCCGGGGCCCUGAGAAUCGAGUCCUGGGUGUUCUUGUGUGGCCGCGGUGUCGCGUGGGACCCGGAGCCCCUCCAGAACCUGUGCCAGGAAGCCCUGGAGGUGCCUGAGUCUCCAGAGCCGCCCUCCUCCUGCCCCGCCAGCUCCAGCGGGGGUGGGAGGCGGCCGAGGUCCCUGCCCCACUUGGCAGAGAGCAGCAGAGACCCACCCAGCCUCGAGUCUGCCUGCAAACAAGGCCAGGCGUGGCCUGAACACCGUGUCCCCUGCGUCCCUGCCCCACCGCCCGGCUCGGCUCUGGCCAUGACAAGACACACCCGCGGGGGCCGCCUGCUGCCCCGCCGGUCAUCACAGGGGAGGGCCGCAGCGUCGGUCCCAAGUAUGGACCAGCUUCUGAUGGGGCCUCUCGAGCCUCAGCAGGCCGGGCUGGGCCACUGGCGGCUGAGGGACGCCACGGUCCCGGGAGUUCCCAGGGACAGAGAAUGGAAGUCGAUGGCAUGGCCCCGGGUGGGGACACCUGGGUGGGGUCAGACCGGAUGGUGGGCUGGGACCCCACUGAGGCUCGCUUCUGGCAUUCAGGCUGGAGCCGUGGCCCAAGCAGCUGGUGGGGGGCCGGGGACCCGGACAUGCCCCCAGCUGCCGCCAUCGCCACCACCGCCACCGCCCGAGGAGGAGCGUGGGGAGAGGCUGGUGGAGCUGCACGCCUCGUUCAGGGAGCUGGUCACCUUCUGCACCAACGCCGCCAUCCACGGCACCAUCCGCCUUGUCUGCUCCAGCCAGAACUGCCUCAAGACCGCGUCCUGGGCGCUGCUGCUCGCGGGGGCCCUGGGCCUGCUCUGCUGGCAGUUUGGACUCCUCUUCGAGCAGUACUGGCGCUACCCGGCCAUCAUGACAGUGUCCAUACACUCGGAGCGGAGCACAGCGCAAGCUCUUCCCGUCGGUCACCCUGUGCGACGUGAACCCACACCGGUGAGGGCUGCGGCCAGCUUGGGGGCCCCUCCCCAGGCCACACCCAGCCCGCCGCCCCCUGCGGGCGCUGGACAACUUUGCCCGGGAGAACAUCUACUCCCUGUGUGGGUUCAACUUCAGCGACAACGUGGACGUCCCGGGGGCCAAGGCCCCGAGCCCACCCUCCAGCUGGACCACGGGAUCCGCCUCCAGAGGCUGAGCCCCCUGUGGGGCCAGAACAGAGUGGGCUGCAAACUGCAGGCCUACUCCUCCGGCGUGGCGGCCGCCCGGGAGUGGUACCGCUUCCACUGCGCGAACGCUCUGGCCCUGCCGCCUGCUGCCCACGAGGAGAGCCACCACAGCCGCGGCAGAUGCUUCGUCUUCUCCUGCCGCUACGACGACCAGGACCGCCAGGCCCGACGCUUCCAGACCCCCCACCACUCCAGCUACGGCAGCUGCUACACCUUCAACGGUGUCUGGGCCGCGCAGCACCCCGGCCUCACCCAUGCUGAGUGCCAGCCCGGGCCGGGGAUCAGCCUGGUCCUCGGGCCAGAGCAGCACGAUCAUCUCCCUCUGCUGUCCAUGGAGGCCGGCAUCGAAGUCACGAGCCACACGCGUGACCACACGCCCCUCCUGGAGCACCGGGGCUUCAGCAUCCAGCCAGGGACGGAGACCACCGUCGGCAUCCGAGAGGGGCUCCAGGGCAGGGCGGCAGAGCUGAGGCGCACCCCCUCCCCCCAGGACGAGGUGCACCGGCUCUGGAGCCCCUGUGGGCACCGCACAGACAGCACGGGGGGCGACGUGCAGCUACUGUACAACACCUCCUGCACCAGGUGGGCCUGCCUGGUCUCCUGCUUCCAGCCACUGGUGGUGGACACCCGCUCCUGCGGCUGCUUCUUCUACCCCCUGCCUGCGGGGGCCCAGUACUGCAGCUCUGUGCGGCGCCCGGCCUGGGGUCACUGCUUCCACCGCCUCUGCAAGGACCUAGAGACCCACCAGCUUCCCUGCGCCUCCCGCUGCCCCCGGCCUUGCAGGGGAUCUUCGUGUAACCUCUCCGUUGGGACCUCCAGCUGGCCUUCCUCCAAGUCAGCCGGCCCCACCAGCAGGUCCAGGGCCCUGCCCCUCUCGCCUGCGCCCCGCCGCAGAAGCAACCUGGCCAAGGUGAACAUCUUCUACCAGGAGCUCAGCUACCGCACGGUGGACGAGGACACCCGUCUACUCCACGAGCCACCGUGCCUAGCAGUGCCGCAGCUGCUUUCAGCCACGGGCAGCCUCUGGAGCCUGUGGUUUGGCUCUUGCGUCCUCUCAGUCGUGGAGGUGCUGGAGCUGCUGCUGGACGCCGCGGCCCUCGCCCUGCUGCUGUGUUGCCACCAGCUCCGCGGGGCUCGGGGCCAGCCCAGGGCAGCCACAGGGGUGCCCGCUCCAAGUCAGAGGCCGGCUGGUGGCCGGGUAGCUGCAGGCAUGACUUUGAACGCCCAGGGGCCCAGCUCCACCCCUCACGAUGUUGCAGGGGCUCUGGCAGGGGUCUUGGCUGGAGGUCAGCCCGGUGUGGGCCCCGGAAACUCCUGACACCUGAACCAGCCUGCGACUGGCCUGAUCCUGGGAGCCGUGGCAGCAGUGGGCUCUCCCGGCUGCCCAGGGCCGGCCAGUCCCGCCCCACAGGCCCCCCCCGGCCCCGGCCAGCCGAGCCAAACCCGGGGCCCAAGAAGCAGCGGCACCGGAGCCCUAGGGUGGGCAGGCGCCAGGCGCUAGCACACGGGGCCUUCCUUAGCGCAGCUGCCUGCCCGGCGGUGACCUCACAGGUCUCAGGGAGGCCCGGGGCAGGGAGCAGGGGGGUGUCCCCACCGCUCGGGAUCCUCGUGUUCAGGGCGUGGCGGAGCAUCUGCCCGUGUGCAGGAGCGUGCGCGCACGCGUGAGGUGGGGGGCGCCCCAAGGGAGUGUGUCUGUCUGCACCUCUGUGUAGGCGUGUGCAGGCAUCGGGCAGAGCCUCCCUCGCUCAGGGCCAGUGGGAGGAAGGGCGGGGCCAGGCCCGGGCA